AUGGCGUUUCCGGGUUUGUUUGAGGAGGUGGAACGGUCUGUGAAGAAUAGGAGGGGUUCGCCCAUCAUUGUUUCAGAGCUUGACAAGAUUCCCAAAAGAAAUGGUUAUGUUCGAGCGAUGAUCUUCAAUCAACAGCUUUAUGUCAUUGCAACGGAGGGUGGCAUCUACUCUAGAGGACUUUCAACACUUCACGCACUUCAUCGAGCUAUCCUAUCUUCGCCUGAUCCUCUCCCAAAUAUUGAAUUCGCCUUCAACACAGACGACCGCAUUCCUUCUGUGCCGCUCUGGGGCUACGCCCGUCGCAGUGAAGAUGCAGAUAUUUGGUUGAUUCCUGACUUUGGCCAUUGGUCAUGGCCUGAGACACAAGUCGGUACUUUACACGAAGUCCAAUUGAAAGCCGCCUUGAUUGACCAAGCUCGGCCAUGGUCGUCUAAAGUACCUAGCUUGUUCUGGCGGGGUGCCCUAAUGGGGUUGGAACUGCGCGAGAAACUUCUUCAGGCUACUGCUGGUAAGCCCUGGGCGGACGUCAAGGCUUUGACGUGGAGAGACAAAGAAUCCAUGGCAAAUGAUCUCAAACCCAUGCCUGAGCACUGCCAAUAUAAAUACUUAGCUCACACUGAAGGCAAUUCUUACUCCGGACGGCUCAAGUACCUUCAAAGCUGUAACUCAGUCGUCAUUGCACACAAGAUGGAUUGGAUACAGCAUUAUCAUUCUCUGAUGAAAUCAAAAGGACCACAACAAAACUUCGUGGAAGUUCAACGCAAUUAUUCGGACCUGGAGACCAAAAUCUCUUGGCUUGAAAACCAUGGCGAGGCUGCUGAACGAAUCGCUUCAAACAGUGUGAUGUCUUUUCCAGAGCGAUAUUUGACUCCUGCUGCGGAGGUAUGUUACUGGCGAAAGCUAAUACAUGGAUGGUCCAUGGUGAGUUUUAAACCCGAGUUCUAUGAUAUUGUUGAUGGCCAGAGUAUUUGGAGGGGUUUGCCCGUCGAGUCGUACUUGCUGGAGCGAAGGCUGAAGUGGGAUCCUUAUUGA